CAAAUGAUGAACCCUCCUUCAAAAUAAAAAAAUGAAAAAUUGAAGAAGAAGGAAGCGCACCAAACUAGGACCACCAUUCACAGACACAGACUUUUUGCUUCUGCUCUUUUCUUUUUGUUUCCCCCAGUUGUCAUAAGACCAUUCAACAAACGAGUAACAGAGGUAGAAUUGGGGGAAUUAGGUUUUUUGCUUAAUGCAAUCAUUCGAAAUUAAAAGUCCCAUUUCUCUAAAUCUAAACCCCUGAGCAAUUUCACUGUUUGGUUCACUCGCUCGUAAUUCAAUGGUGGAUCACUCGGACGCUUCGCCUCUCAUCGCUCCGGCGCCGGUCGCCGAGCCCAGCGAGAUCGACCUGGAAGCGGGCCCUGGUGAACAAAUCCAAUGCCGAAUUUGCCUUGAAAGUGAUGGUAGGGACUUCAUUGCUCCUUGCAAAUGCAAAGGGACUUCAAAGUAUGUUCACCGGGAAUGUUUGGAUCAUUGGAGAGCUGUAAAGGAAGGGUUUGCAUUUGCUCAUUGCACAACCUGCAAGGCUCCUUACCAUUUGAGAGUUCAUGUUAUUGCUGAUAGAAAAUGGCGAACCUUGAAAUUCCGAUUCUUUGUCACUAGAGACAUUAUUUUUAUAUUUCUGGCUGUUCAGCUUGUGAUUGCUUCAUUGGCAUAUUUGGUGUAUCUAAUAGAUGGUUUCCAGCAAUUCUGGCUUCGUCUUGCAUGGGGUUUUGACAGUGAGCUUAGUUUCUACUAUAUAUCUGGAGCUCUGUUGUUUUUCGCUUUGCUUGGGUUGUCUGGGUGCUUCAUUACUUGUUACGACCGAAGAGUGCGCAAUGAUUUGGCUCAGCCUUGUCGAGAAUUAUGCCUUUGUUGCUGUCAGCCUGGUGUCUGCGCAGACUGUCAUUUACCAGGCACACUUUGUAUGUGGACUGACUGUACCACGUGCUGGGGUAGCUGUGCAAGUAUGGCAGGUGAAUGCGGUUGCUUGGGAGGUGCUGGUGAAGCAGGGCUGCCAAUACUUUUUAUAAUGGCUCUGAUUGUGCUGGGACUUUUUACAGUGAUUGGCAUAUUCUACAGUGUGCUGGUAGCUACAAUGGUUGGACAACGGAUUUGGCAGCGGCAUUACCAUAUACUUGCAAAAAGGAUGCUGACAAAAGAAUAUGUUGUCGAGGAUGUUGAUGGUGAGAUGACUGGAUCUGAUUGGUCUCCACCACUUCUCCCACCUGAGCAUAUUCAGCAGCUGAAAACGCUUGGCCUGCUAUAGAUUUGAAGGGGUAUUCUUACUAUUCACCAAAAUAACAUGAUAUUGAGAUGGACUGCCUUUCUAUUUGGUGGGGUCAGUCUUUGCUAUGGGCUUCUGAGUCUCAUUCGCUUUAAUCUAAAAUGAGUAUAUGGUUUCUGGAAAUAUCCCAAAGUCAUUUCUUCCUGGUUGAGUUAUAUUUGUAAAAUUUUGUACGUGAAUUUGUGAAAAAGUGUUGCCUCUCUCUCCCCCCCCCCCCCCCCCCCCCCCUUCUCUCUCUAUUAGUGUAAGAAAUCAAGAAUAGGAUAUAUCAAAUAACUAACAUGUAUAUCAAUGAUGCUUUCGAUCCAUAAAUUGCUACUAGACAACUCUUUUGCAUUUCUUAGUUUUGGGGAAUGACUGAAUAUUCCCUUGGUAGUAAACAUGACACCGUUUCUGCUAUCUUUGUAUUUGUAUAAUUUUUUUUUUUUGGGAAAGCAAC